AGCACUUUCUUCAUUCCGUGACAAAAUGUUUGAUGGUUCAACGCUCGAACAUGUUCACAUUUACCUGAGCAAUGUGUCAACCUACUAUAUUUUGAGUAUAAUUAUUUCAUUGCUGUCAGUAUUUGUCACUAUUUAUUAUAAAUCAAGAACUCUUGUCCCAACCGAAGAAAGAUCUACUCCGAUCACCACUGAUUCCUCAAAGCAAGAGAAUCCAGAUGAAGAUUCCAUGUUAUCAAAUAUGUCACCUGUAUUGAUCAAGCAGUUUUUAAAAGCUCAGGUCCCUCAAAAGCUGUUGACAGAGGAUCAACUUUCGGAAGAAAAGAGGGUAGAAAAAAAGCAGAUGGAAGCCAUUUUUAAGCUUAUGCAAGAGCAGCAGAGCAAAUUUCAGAUAAAUUCAAUGGAUGAUCUGCAGGAGCAAAUGCAGCUGUACGGAGUUUGAGUCUACAUUGGAAGUGACAUUUCACCACCAAUUUUAAAUUAUGACACUAUGUGGUUUGAUUUGGACCUCUAGAUGAAGCCAUAGUUUGGAGCAGCAUUCAUAACUUCUGAAAAUUUCAUUGGUUCGAAGCACAGCUCUUGGUAUGCAUGAGAAUUUAUAUCCCACUUUUCUUGUUUUCUAUUGUUUACCAUAAGAAUAGAGAUCUCAGUGAUGUAUGAAAAGAUCUGUAAUAACUAACUCGAAAUGGUUGUCAUCAGUUUAGAUGCGAUUCAAUUUGAUCACCUCUAAGGUUAGAUUUUCAGAAUAUGCUUUUGCACUCCUAGCCAAGGAAGCUUGAAGUUGAUGUACUGGUGGAUUCGAUGUCCAUCAACUGUGUCAUCAGUUACUUGUCUUUCCUCAAUUUUUUUUUCUUUUGCAAUUCUAAUACUAUGCAAGAUACACAGUAUCGAUGGCUAAAGUUUGAAACCUUGUACCUUCGUUUGUGAAGUUGCAGACUUCCUAUCAUAUUUUAUAUUUCCUUUGAAUAACUAGUGAAUGUAAUUUUCUCAAAAACUUCCUCAAUUUUUUCUCUCUGUUAAAAGAAUAGUCUGUAUAAAUUCAAGCAAUGAAGCGGCCUUGUUUCUUUUUAAAAAAAUGAAACAGCUCAAAUUUUGAAGUACUGCAAUAGAGAAACAUGGUUUCGCACUUCAGCCAUUGAUAUGACUGAAAGAACGUGUGAAGCUAGUCAGAGCCUGCAACUCUGUAGAAAAAAAUCUUCUUACAAGGCAGGUACUUCCUUCGAAGAGAAAGCACAACGAGUAUACUGCUUGUUUUUACCCUCCAAGAUGCAAUAAUCAAAGACAAUGCAACAUGUGCCUGAUACUGUUCGUGGAAGACAGGAUUUAUAGAAUAGAGCUCUUAAAGGUCAAAGAGAUAUGCAAUUUAGUACUUUUGUUUUUGUAAAAGUUCGGGAGGAACAUAAUGGUGCUCUUGGUUUUCUCUGAAACAAAUUCCCAACUCAAACAAGGGAAGCGAGAAAGUAAAAAAUGCUCUCAUUUUGGAAGCUCUGAUGGAGGAAAUUAUGCACCUACACUAUGGUGAGAAAUCACCUCUAUGCACCAAUGUUCCUCGCAAAAUUUUCCAUGAGGAAAAUGAAAAAGUAACUAAAUCGCAAAUCCCUAUGGCAUGCAAGAGCUGUAUUGCAUUAUCCUCAUGAAUGGACUUUUUUUUGUCAAAGUUUUUUUAUGUUUUUUUACAAAAAUCUACAAGCAAAUGCAUCUCAAAGGCAUGUCGCAGAUGAUUAAAAAUAAUUUUAAUUUAGUAGGUAAAGAAUGUCUGAAGUUAAGUCAAAGUUCCUUUGAGCAUCGUGUCAAGAACGAGCAAAAGGACAUCAACUCAUGAAUUAUCCAGAUAAACAACGCACAAACCUCUCGUACAAAACAAGAUCUAAAGUUUAGUCUAGUAUCAGAAUACUGUGGGUCUAAAUUUUGUAGAUUUUAUACCACUGUAAAUAUUUUAAGAUUAUAUGUCUGCCUAAAACAAGUCCCAUUAUCAAGAAAACAUGUGAGAUCAUGAGCCGACCCUGGAGCAUUGAUUAAAGUUUGCGAAGCUCCUUCUCUAUGAAACAUAUGUAUUAGGGUCAAUGUACCAAUUUAAUCUUCUGCAUUCAUCAUGACAGCUUUAAUAUGUGAAUAUGCAUUUUUAAUUAAUGAUUAUGGAUAGAUAUCACAAAUUGAAUAUCUAGUUGUAAUUGUUUGUACAAUAAAUGUGUUUAAUUUUUAUUAGAAA